GUUGAGCAUCUUCUUGCUGGCAGGACUUGUUUUAAGGCUAUAAGCAACUUGUAUCGAAGCAUAACCGACCUAAUAGAUGAUGAGUAUUUCAUGACCGCAAACACAAAAGAUAUGCUAACGAAGCCUAAUGUGACCCAUGGUUGUAUUUCCGAUAACCACAUGCUUCCCCUAACUGAAGAAUCCUUGCCUGAUACAUAUAAGAAAGCCGUAUGGUUUCCAUCUGCUAAGUUUCCUAACGGCAAGGGUCAUUAUCUUAAAGGACCGCGAAUGUAUCAUGUGGCGGAUGAUCUAACUGUGACACCCUUUUGUAUUGUUUCGAUCCUUUCUAGUCUCAAUAAGCAGAAAAUCGUAUUAUAUGAUGACGUCAAAGAAGUGGAGCUGCAAAUUGGGCUGAAAGAGAGUUUGAGCAUACUGAAAGCCUCUCUCACAUCGACUUCUGCUCUCUCCGAUGUUCUUCUCAAUCACACAUCGAUCAAACAACCGAAGGCAGAACUCAAUGUUUGAUCGCAGAUUUCAAUUGUUUUACUGGUAAUCUUGUAGUAUUGCUUAACAACUGUGGUUCUUGGUUUUUACCACUCUGCUAGUAUAGCUAUGGUGCUUGCUUUUUUAGCAUUUUUGUGGAUGGGUGUGUUUGCUUUGUUGAAGUCUUUAUUUGAUCUUCUACUUAUAUAUUUUUCUGUGAUCAAAUAUAACUGUUGAGAUUUCAAUGUGUAACGUUUGUAUGAUAUGAUGUGAUUUCUAUCCCGAGUUGAGUAAGAAAAAUUGUAAUAUAUGAUGAUUUCAAAGAAGUGGAGCUUCAAAUCGGCCCAAAAGAGGUAACGUUUGUAUGAUAUGUUGUGAUUUUGUAUCACGAGUUGAGUAAGACGAUGUUUUGUGUACAUGUUUUGAUGUUGAGACUAAGUAUUUUAAUUUGAACAUACUGAAAGCGUCUCUUACAUCUACUUCUGCUCUCUCUGAUGCUUUGCUUAAUCACAUCGAUCAGACAACCAAAGCCAGAACUCAAGUUUGAUCCCACACUUCAAUUGUUUUUAGUGCCUAUAUAAGUAAUCUUGUUUGCUUGGUUUACUAGCUCUGGUUCUUGGUUUAUUUGUUUUUGCAAUCUGCAGCAAUGCUCUAAUAUUGUUUCCCUAGUGCUUGGCUUUUACUAUCAUAUUAGCCCUUUUGGCGAAACCUAAACUGUUUCAUUGAGGAGAUGGUUUUUCAGAUAUAUUUUAGCCAUAACAGCGGCGGAGGGAGGUGGGGUCGGCCGAACCCACCGCCGUCGCCGGAGAAUAGCCAAAAAAAUCCUCCCAUCGGUUCCCGACCCCACGGUGUUCGGAAUUCUGCCCUUGA